AUCUUAUGCCUUCAUUCAUCCGUCAUGGUCCAACCAUUCCAAGACGCACGGAUAUCUGCCUUCCAGACCCAAGCCUUUCUGCCUACCCCGCUGGUGGGGAUGGAGCGAUUUCCCGGAACCAGAGCUUCCUGAGGACUCCAGUGCAGAGGCCGCCCCACGAGGUCAUGAGGCGGAAAAGCAACCGGCUCUCUGCCCCUUCCUUCCUUGCCAGGGCCGAGGUCCCGCGAGAAUACAACUCCCCUCCCCAGCCUUUUCUGGCAGAGGCCAACUUGAUCGCAGAAAACGGAGACACUGGAUCCCGCUACUAUUACGACCCUUUCUACAAUGGUCAGAGGCGGCACCCGCUGGGGGAUCCUGUGUCGGAUGAGUAUCGAUACUAUGAACAGAACAAUGACCUCUUCCAAAGGAUGUCGCAGAAUCAGGGAAGAUACACUCCAGGCAUCGGAAGGAUAGCUGCUACAUCAUUAGGAAACCUGACCAACCACACUUCAGAAGACUUGCCCCUCCCUCCCGGCUGGUCAGUGGACUGGACGCUCAGAGGAAGGAAAUACUACAUUGACCACAACACGAACACCACCCACUGGAGCCACCCGCUUGAGCGCGAGGGGCUGCCUCCGGGGUGGGAGCGGGUGGAGUCGGCCGAGUUCGGAGUCCACUACGUCGACCACAUUAAUAAGAGGGCGCAGUACAAACACCCGUGUGCUCCCAGCGUUCCCCGUUACGACCAGCCGCCUCCUGUAUCGUAUCAGCCUCAACAAGGUGAGAGAAGCCAGCCAAUCCUCGUGCCGGCCAAUCCGUACCACACAGCAGAGAUUCCGGACUGGCUGCAGGUCUACGCCAGGGCCCCUGUCAAGUGAGCAUCUCUUUCCUGCUGACAUGACUUAGCUUGUCUCUGAACUUG